UUUCAUAGUCCGACAAUGACCGAAACUAUUAAAAACCUCGAAUCGGUUUUUCGUCCGAAAGUGUUGAAACCGGGAAAAACCAUUACCCGGUACGAUAUAGAAAAAAACGUAACGGCGGCCGGCGAAAAUUACGGCUCGGUUUUAUUAUCCGUGGACGUAACCAUAAAAGAUGAUACCGAUGGAAAACCUGAAAUCGUUCGGGCUGUUGCGAAGACAGUGCCAAAAAACGACUUUAUUAAGAAUUUUUUCAUGUCCUCUUUGACGUUCAAGAAAGAACUCGGUUUUUAUAGCACGAUCGUGCCGACUUUGAGGAAAUUUCAAUUGGAUCAUGGAGUGGAAAGUCUGAUUGAUUUCACGGCCGAUUUUUACGGCGGCAGAUUGAGUUUGAACCAGGAAAUGCUUACAGCUGACGAGAAUGCUGUGAUUCUAAUGGAGAAUUUGAGAGCAAAAGAUUAUCAGAUUUUCGAUAGGAUGACAGGAUUUGAUUUUGAUGCUGCAUGUUUAGUGAUAAAGAAUCUAGCAUUAUUCCACGCAGUGCCCUUGGCAUUGAAACUGAGAAAUCCUGCCCUAUUCAAGGAAAAAAUCGAACCCUAUUUGGAAUUUGCGGACGUUUUUUCCCAGUCAGUAUCCGAAGAUAUGAAAAAAGAAUCGAUAGAAGAUAUCCUAAGUUUGGCCAAAGAAAAUCCCGAAUGUGUUCCGUAUCUGGACGCGCUGAAGAAAAAGUGUGAAAAAUGUUAUCGUUUACAUAGCGAGGCUGCCAGGAGAAUGGAAAAAGAACCUUUCGCCACCGUUACCCAUAACGAUUUGUGGGUGAACAAUUCAAUGAUGAAAUUGGGAGAAAAUGGAAAACCGAUACGAAAUAAAAUUGUGAGUAUGAUCGACUACCAAUUUAUCAAUUACGGGUCGCCAGGAAAAGACCUUAUUUUCUUCAUCUUCAACAGCGUGAAAAACGAAAUAAUCCGAACCAAGUACAACGAAAUGAUCCGUUUAUACCACCAAACAUUCACUACAGCUUUAAUCCAAUUAGGCGUAAACAUUCGUAGAUUUUCUUGGGAGAAUUUUCUAGAAGAACUAAACCAAGCGGCCGAUAAUACGUUCGUAAUAUGUCAAUGCUUUGUGAUGCUGCGACCAAUUUUUGCUGUCAAAGAACUCGCAACCGAUGUCGAAAAUUUACGUAACGAUAAUAUUUUGCAGUACAAAGGGGCAUCGGUCGAACAUAAACAGAAACUUUACCAUUUGAUUGAGGAGUUUGCUAAACGGAAUUGGUUACAGUGAUUUAUGUGUUUUAGAUUAAAAACUAAUACAGGCAUUAUACCAUUGACGUUUCUUUUAUAAAUAAAAAAUUAUAAUGCAGUACACGUUUAUAUAAGAUUGUCCAUCAUAAACCGCAAGCUUUAUUGUGAAUUCCGUUCGUCUCAUUCUUAUAUUGAAUUCGGUAUAAGGCUGCAAUGCGCUACGAGCCUCUGAUAAAUGAUUCUCUGGCUUCCGAAACUUUAUAUUAGUCCAUGUCGUGGAUACGGAAAAAGUUUAAUAAAGCCGUAUUGCGAAUCAAUAAUGCGUCAUUUAUAUUGGACUUAACAGAUCUCUGACACAAAUUAUGUCGUAGUUACCUAGAAGAUAAUGAUUAUAUCAAAAAGUUUUUUCCCAGGCAUCAAGAAUUACACAGCUUUUUAGUUUAAUUAGAUUUGCCUUUUGAAAACUAAGAACGUCAAAACUGAUAAUGCUCUAUUGCGAUUUUGGGGCCAAAUUUCGAAGUACAGCUGGCGUAAACUUAACAUGAGUAGGUACAGAGCUUGCUUCUAGUUGACAUUUUUAUUAAAUUUUCUACAAAAUGCUCAGUUUAUUGUUUCUAAAAUAACAACCGAACUACCUUUUGUUUGUGGGAACAUUGACAUACUGGCAUUGAACAACAAUUUAUUGAUAAGUAGGUACAGUGUGUUGUGAACCAGUGAAUUCAUUAUUACUUAUAUUAUCAAUAAUCCUAAUGUUCACUACAUUUUCUCUUCUCAAGUUCCACCAUCUGUGUAAUUAAGUCCCAAGUUUUAUUAUAACAAUACUUUAUGCUGUUAGGGUUCAAAGACGAUGCCGGCUAGAAUUAUUAUAUAAACAAUGUCCUGUUCACAUCAAAUUCUCGAAAGUCGGUACUUCUAUUGCAGAAAUCCCAAUUGUUGUAAAUAUAAAAACUAUAAAGUCAAAUACAGCCCAUGGGAAGUGGAAGUAGUCUUGCCGCCAAAGACAUAGUACCUUCCCAGGCCUUUUUUAUAAUACAGAUAGCGAGAAUUACAACCCCUAGGCUAAUUUUAGGUUUAUGAUUGUACAAACGUUUCGUAAUAUUUUAACACCUGGAAUAAAAUAUUUUGUUAGGAUAAGUUAAUUUUAGGAAAUUAUAAAAUACCCUUCUUUAGGGAGAUCCAAACUUGCCUUCCUUUAAGGGAAGGUAUUCAGAUUCCGAGCUCCACUCUGAACAGUCGGG